GGGUCGCGCUGCGGGGUGCUGGCCCAGCGGCCACAGAGUCUGGACUGAGGGAUCGUGGGGUACUCGCUGAGAGAGGGCCGCGCGACAGCGCCCUGCGAUGGAGCGGGCGAAGAUGGCGGAGGAGAGCCUGGAGACUGCGGCGGAGCACGAGCGGAUCCUGAGGGAGAUCGAGAGCACAGACACGGCCUGCAUCGGGCCCACGCUCAGGUCUGUCUAUGAUGGUGAGGAACAUGGACGAUUCAUGGAGAAGCUAGAAACUCGUAUCCGCAACCAUGACAGAGAAAUUGAGAAAAUGUGCAACUUUCACUACCAGGGCUUUGUGGACUCUAUUACUGAGCUGCUGAAAGUACGAGGAGAAGCCCAGAAACUCAAAAACCAGGUGACGGACACUAAUAGGAGACUGCAACACGAGGGCAAGGAACUGGUGAUAGCAAUGGAAGAGCUGAAGCAGUGCCGGCUGCAACAGAGGAACAUUUCUGCCACUGUCGAUAAGCUGAUGCUGUGUUUGCCAGUCCUAGAGAUGUACAGCAAACUGAGGGACCAGAUGAAAACCAAAAGGCAUUAUCCUGCACUGAAGACACUGGAACAUCUGGAACACACCUAUCUGCCUCAAGUGAGCCACUAUAGAUUCUGUAAGGUGAUGGUGGACAACAUCCCCAAGCUUCGUGAAGAAAUAAAGGAUGUUUCUAUGUCUGACCUCAAAGACUUUCUGGAGAGCAUCCGCAAGCAUUCAGACAAAAUUGGAGAGACUGCCAUGAAGCAAGCCCAGCAGCAAAGAAACCUGGAUAACAUUGUCUUGCAACAGCCUAGAAUAGGUAGCAAGAGAAAAUCUAAAAAAGAUGUAUAUACAAUCUUUGAUGCAGAGGUGGAGAGCACAAGCCCAAAGUCUGAACAGGAUUCAGGAAUUCUGGAUGUGGAAGACGAGGAAGACGAUGAAGAGGUACCUGGGGCUCAAGACUUGGUGGAUUUCUCUCCUGUGUAUCGGUGUCUACACAUAUAUUCUGUCCUGGGUGCCCGUGAAACAUUUGAGAAUUACUACCGAAAACAGAGGCGAAAACAGGCUCGUUUGGUACUUCAGCCUCCAUCUAAUAUGCAUGAAACUUUAGAUGGCUACAGGAAGUAUUUCAAUCAAAUUGUAGGCUUUUUUGUGGUUGAAGAUCACAUCUUGCAUACAACCCAGGGCUUAGUGAAUAGAGCCUACAUUGAUGAACUGUGGGAAAUGGCACUUUCAAAGACCAUCGCAGCACUGCGCACACACUCGUCGUACUGUUCUGAUCCAAACCUCGUGUUAGAUUUGAAGAACCUCAUUGUACUCUUUGCUGACACACUUCAGGUGUAUGGUUUUCCUGUGAAUCAGCUUUUUGAUAUGUUGUUAGAGAUCAGAGACCAGUAUAGCGAGACUCUAUUGAAGAAGUGGGCUGGGGUGUUCAGAAACAUACUUGAUUCUGACAACUACAGUCCCAUACCAGUAACAAGUGAAGAGACAUAUAAAAAAGUCGUAGGACAAUUCCCAUUUCAAGAUAUAGAACUGGAAAAGCAGCCAUUUCCUAAAAAGUUUCCUUUCUCUGAAUUUGUGCCAAAAGUUUACAACCAGAUUAAAGAAUUUAUCUACGCCUGCCUGAAGUUUUCAGAAGAUCUUCAUCUAAGCUCCACUGAAGUUGAUGACAUGAUCCGUAAGUCUACAAACCUGUUGCUGACGAGGACUCUGAGCAACUCUCUGCAGAACGUCAUUAAGAGGAAGAACAUUGGCCUUACUGAGCUUGUCCAGAUUAUCAUCAAUACAACACACUUGGAGAAGUCCUGUAAAUAUCUGGAGGAGUUCAUCACCAAUAUCACUAAUGUGCUUCCAGAGACGGUCCAUACCACCAAGCUUUAUGGUACCACAACUUUCAAGGAUGCUAGACAUGCAGCUGAAGAAGAGAUAUAUACAAACUUAAAUCAGAAGAUUGACCAGUUUCUGCAGCUGGCUGACUACGACUGGAUGACAGGAGACCUAGACAACAAAGCUAGUGAUUACUUAGUAGACCUCAUUGCCUUCCUUCGGAGCACCUUUGCUGUGUUCACACAUCUUCCUGGAAAGGUGGCCCAGACAGCCUGUAUGUCAGCAUGCAAGCAUUUAGCCACAUCCUUGAUGCAGCUUUUGCUAGAAGCAGAAGUACGACAGCUCACUUUGGGAGCAUUACAACAGUUCAACCUGGAUGUCAGAGAAUGCGAACAGUUUGCCAGAUCCGGCCCGGUGCCUGGGUUCCAGGAGGACACGCUGCAGUUGGCCUUCAUCGACUUGAGACAACUAUUGGACCUCUUUAUUCAGUGGGAUUGGUCCACAUACCUUGCCGACUAUGGACAGCCUAACUGCAAGUACCUCCGGGUGAACCCUGUGACAGCUCUGACCCUUCUUGAGAAGAUGAAAGAUACUAGCCGCAAGAAUAACAUGUUUGCACAGUUCCGGAAAAAUGAGCGAGAUAAGCAGAAAUUGAUCGACACUGUGGCCAAGCAGCUCCGAGGACUCAUCAGCAGCCACCACUCCUGAAUGUUGGCCUUGGGCCCACAGAGGCCACUUGCCGUAGCCAAUGGUCCAGGAUCUCCCCUGGGCUGGCCCUGCAUUUGUGCAUUCUUCCUCAAAGAGAGCAUAUGUAUUUUUUUAUUAACCCCUGUACAGUAUUCGCAUAACCUUUCCCUAUAGUAAGAGAGGCACAAGAAUAGCAAGAAGAAGGGCUUAGGGGAAGUUACUGCCACACUUUCCUGGGAAAGCUGCACUGUCAGUGCUGACAUGGUGAGCCACCUCUUAUCCAGUGCUCCACAAGUUUAGUGGGUGACUAGUACUGGGAGUUGAGAUGAGAAAGUAAAAGGAUAAUAUGUAUCCUGUUUGCUCUCAAGUGUUCACUUAAAUACAUAGUAGAGCCUGGCAGACAUGCCUGUGUAGUAUACCAAAGCCAGCCUCAGUUUAGGAUGUCUGCAUUGUUGGUUGAAUUAUUGGCUCCUGAGAGUGUACAUGUGGCAAGACAACAAUUUCACUCUGGUCCCAUAGGUGGCAGUUUCAUUAGUGCAGGUCUAACCUAGCCUUGUGGUGGGAGAAGGAUAGUUAACUGAAAAGGAAGUUGCCCCACUAGGUGAGUUGUUUUUCUGAACCUUAAAAGCCAAGUUGAGUGAGAACUCCAGUCCCCAUGCCAUUCAUCUGUCCCUUCUUUUAUGACCAUAACACUUGGUUCAGAACAUAAAUCAGCAAUGGCUUCUGAAGGUCCCUGAGUGAGUCUCACACUCACCUCCAGCAGCAGCAUCUCUAAAUGCCCAGAUUCCCUGAAGUCUGAAAAGUAGCCGGGGUGCCUUCACCAUGGGUAGAGCUUCAUGAUGUUUGAGAUUGCAUACUCAUGUUUUAACAACAGUCUUACAGCUACCAUCUUUAAAGAAAAUGUCCUAAGCUCUACACCCUGGGCACAGCCACCAUAGAACUGAAUGUUUCUGAGAAUGAAUCUGUCACCAUGAGGUAGACAGGAUCAGCUGCAGCUAAUGGCUUGUUGCCUCUGGCCCAGAUGUCAUCAACUAAAUCAUAUCACAGAGACAAGGCUUGUCUUGUCCAAGCCCAAGGCUCCCAUCUUCUGAGCUGUCCCUUAGCCUCAACUAAGAGUGCUUUCCUGGAGUCACAUCUCCGAUCUCUGGAGUCUGGGCUAGCCAAAUAGACUCCUCAGAUCCUGUGAAGUUGGCCAGAGGGAUCUUUGCUCUCAGACACUUCUGGAAGCUGUUAGCCUGACUGCUGGUGAGAGUAUAAUUGUAUCGUGGAACACUUGACCAAGAGGCCACAAAAGUGUUUCCAGCUCCAGUGAGAAACAGAGAGAGUGCUCAAACAAUCUCUUAUUACCUUUGUCAGCUAAUGUGUGUAAUUCUGGGACAGCCGUACUUCCAUAUCUCUUAGCCCACCACAGCCUACCCCAUCUUGAACACGCCUCACCCUUGCCGUAGCAAUCUUAAACACAACAAGAAGAGAACACCACACAGAGGUACAGCUUUCUAGAACUGGAGAGAACAAGCCACCCAGGUCUCAAUCAUCAGGCUACACAAUGGCCAAAAGGUUCAGGAGGAGAAUCACAGAAGAAUAUGCAAAACUUACUUGCCAACUUAGGGCACAGGCCUGUGGGAAAGAAGACAAGGUGAUCUCUCGAAGCCCUCUAUUUAUUGAAAAGGGUGAGAAGUGAUUCCACAAACUUGAAGUCCUGCUGACUGAGAAGGAAGGAAAGGCCCUUCACCAGGGCUAGUCAGCCUUCAGUGUAGAGAUCUACAGUGGGCUGUACAGAAUUUAUCUUUUGGGGACACUUUUAAUCACUCUAUCUUGCAGCUUGUCUAGUCGCCACCUCUGUCCCAAAGGAACUGUCAUAGACGAAAAACAUGUGGAGGAAUAGGGACUCUCUACCUUCCUCACCAGAGUCCUGCUGAAGGGGAGUCUCAUCCAAUCUCAGAGUGUGUGAGGAUGGCCACUGCCUUUUCCUGCCUCUGCAUCUGCCUGUGCUGUUUAGCCAGGGACCCACAAUGUCAAAGGGAUUAUGAAUUGAUGAGGUGGAACUUUUUUCUUUUCUUCUUUUUUUUUUUUUUUCAUUUUAUCCAUAGGCCUAAAGCUGAGCUGGCCUUGAAAACUUGAGCACGUUGUGUGUGCUAGUAGGCCUCAGACUGUGUGACCUUACCUCAGAUGCCUGCAGACCACAUGUCCUGAAGAGUUUCAGUUGGGGUGAGACACUGCUGCCUGAAGUCUGCUGCCUUCCAACCAGAUCCAUAUUCCUGUAGACGGUCUGAUUUUUGAGCCUUGGUUAGGCAGUGGCUCACUUAUUUUUUGUCAUUCAUAAUGGAAAAAGAAAACAAUAAAACGCUCAGUACCGGGUAACACUGGUGUGGGUGGAGACCAGGACCUGCAUACUGGAACCCAGAGUCCUGAUUAGCAAAUGCUGUAUCUCUCAGUGACUCUAUCCUGCAUCAGGCCUGAUAGUCCAUCUAGCUCCAUAGCACCUAGCUCAGCAGAUCCUAAGCCCAAGGGUGGCAGUGGCCAGUUUUCUCCUUAGACCUUUGAGUGCAGGCUUGGGGAGGCUUCACCAAGUCUCCUUCAGACUGCUUUUGCUGUGCCCCUCCCUCCGCCCCUCUGUUCCCUGUCUUUUAUUCAUCUGCAUUUGAGUCACUCCUCCCUGAUAAGUUGGAAAUAGCCUUUUCAUUUUGCACAGUUCCACAUUUGUGGAAAUGCAGUGAGAUCCAUCUGUACCUCCAAAAGGAACCUUUUCCUCUCAUGCUCACUAGGAAAGCAGCUCUGCUGCAGGCUGCUGCAUAAGGGGGGGGCUCCUCUGUGGAAAGAGCAUGAGUACCCCAUUCCUCUGUACACCUUCCUCUUUUAACUGCUAUUAAAUGAGAGCCUACAUACCUGUUCCAAAAGCCA